CUUACCUUUGAUGAAUUAGAGCCUAGCAGGCAGCUAUCUCAAUACCUAGCCCGCAGCCUACUAUGACCCACCGCGCUCGAAGCUUUAAGAUACCACCUUAAUAACGGCAACAGCAUUAUAUGUCCUCCGAACUUGGCCUGUCUCCUCGGGUUCUGCGUAUACCCAGGACUGACGAUCCUGAAUCAUAUGUACUUGUUCAUAUCACUCGCAUUAGCUCGUCUCUUGUGGACUUGAACAUCACUGCUACUGAGGGCGAGAACCCGUAUAUUGGUACCGUGCGUAAGUCACACUUACGUGAUUUUCGUUCCAAAAACUAUGAAGGCAACGACGAGGAAUGGGCCCAAAUUGUGUUGCAUGUUUUUGGUCAGCUGGAUGAGUCUGCCGCCAAGGUAAAGCUGUGUGGUAUUGAAUCGUCGGCUAGUGUCAUUGGCGCCAGUGAUUCCGAAGACAAGGAGCUAGUGAUCACUAUUCGAAAGAGGAUCCAGACUAUAACUCAAAGACUUGGCUCCGUGACUCUCAAGCAGGAUGAUCAACAAGCUAUCCAGCUCUUUGACUGGGCAGGGAUUGCUACCGUCAGGGCGUAUACUCUCGAGCAGCGUUUCGCUUCAUUACUUGUUCGCUACCACAGUGCCGAGAACACAAUCAGGCAACUGAACAAGCAGCUCGAGGAGUUCGUUUCCGCGAAGACACAGCACGAAGAACAACUGAUAGUCAAUUUCGUCCAGCUGUUGAACGAAAAAAAGCUCAAGAUACGCAACCAGCAACGCUUGCUAGCCUCUGCAAAAGUAGACCGGGAAAAAGUGUCUUGGAUCCAGAAUGCAACAUCAGAUCAGCAUCUCCGACCGCAAAAGAAUAUUCGGACCGCGAAGCGUACCGCUGCGGAAAUGAGCGAUGGGGAGGCGGAGAGUGACGAGGAAUUCGAAACAAUGGAAUUCAAUCAAACCAUGCACCCAAUUGAUUUUGAAGAGGCUAAUGAGACGACCGAUGAACGAUCUUCAACACCCCAGUCACUGGAGGGAUGGGGCGAGAAUGCCACUGAUGAAGGGUCUCCUGCACCCUCAGAUCUGAUUGGCAGUGAGGACGAAAGGCAUAUGUUCGAACAGAGAUUUUCAGCUGGUCCUCCUGUUAUGAAGGAACCGCCUGCUCCCCCUCCGCGAAGAGAGCUUCCAUUUGCCAGAAAGGCGCAAACGACCAUAAAAAAACCAAAUGAACAGGAGAAUAACACAGAGGAUACUACCGGGGAGACAGAUGACGAUGAACUAUGACUUGUAUCAGCGUUUAAUUAAUGAGCAGUAGUUGGGAUUACUUGGCGUAUACCACAAUUCUGGUUGCACUAAGCACUUGUUACUCUCCAAUGUUGUGAUGAUCAUCGUAAACAGGCUGGACACUUUUUA